GACAGUUGUAAAACAUGUCAUCUAUUAUUCGAUAUGAUGCACCAUAGGUAUUUCGCUCCGCAUAUAUUGAAACCCUCCGCCGCUCGCGAUGCCGCACGAGACGACGGCUAUAGACUACGUCAUGGAGGCGGCCUCCGGCGCCCAUUUUUCCGGCCUCCGACUCGACGGCCUUCUUUCGCCCACUCCUACGCCCUCUCCACCCGCAUCUUCUGGCGUUGCUACUCCUUCCGCAUUCUCUGUCGCCUCUCCCGUGCCCGAUCCCGCGCUGCUCAAGCAGCCUUUUGUAAUCGGGGUUUCGGGAGGAACGGCUUCAGGGAAGACGACAGUCUGCGAUAUGAUUAUACAGCAGCUUCAUGAUCAUCGCGUAGUGCUUGUAAACCAGGAUUCUUUCUAUCGAGGUCUUACUGCAGAAGAGUCAAAGCGUGUGCAUGAGUACAAUUUUGAUCAUCCAGAUGCCUUUGACACAGAGCAGCUCCUUGAGUGCGUGGAAACACUGAAAAGUGGCCAAUUAGUCCAUGUUCCAAUAUAUGACUUUAAAACACAUCAAAGGUGUUCAGACAGCUUCCGUCAGGUGAAUGCUUCUGAUGUAAUCAUACUGGAAGGCAUCCUUGUUUUUCAUGAUCAACGAGUACGUAACUUGAUGAACAUGAAGAUAUUUGUCGACACAGAUGCUGAUGUGAGACUUGCUCGUAGAAUAAGGCGUGAUACAGUUGAGAGAGGGAGAGACGUAAACUCUGUCCUUGAACAGUAUGCAAAGUUUGUGAAGCCUGCUUUUGAGGAUUUUGUUCUACCGUCCAAAAAGUAUGCUGAUGUUAUUAUACCUCGUGGGGGUGACAAUCAUGUUGCAAUUGACUUGAUUGUUCAACAUAUUCGCACCAAGCUCGGGCAGCAUGAUUUGUGUAAAAUAUAUCCAAAUGUGAAUGUUAUACAAUCAACUUUCCAGAUACGAGGAAUGCACACCCUGAUUCGAGACAAAGACAUAUCAAAGCAUGAUUUUGUGUUUUAUUCUGAUAGGCUUAUACGACUGGUUGUUGAACAUGGCCUUGGCUAUUUACCCUUCACUGAGAAGCAAAUUGUCACGCCAACUGGUUCAGUAUAUACUGGUGUUGAUUUUUGCAAGAAGUUGUGUGGUGUUUCCAUCGUUCGAAGUGGGGAAAGCAUGGAAAAUGCACUACGUGCCUGCUGCAAAGGGAUUAAAAUAGGGAAGAUUUUGAUCCACCGUGAUGGUGACAAUGGGAAGCAGCUUAUAUAUGAGAAACUUCCCAAGGACAUAAGUGAACGCCAUGUUCUUCUCUUGGACCCAGUUCUUGCUACAGGUAACUCUGCUAACCAGGCGAUUGAAUUACUCAUACGGAAGGGAGUUCCGGAAUCUCACAUUAUAUUCCUUAACCUCAUUUCGGCACCUGAGGGAAUUCAUUGUGUUUCCCAGCGUUUCCCUUCGUUAAAAAUUGUGACAUCUGAGAUAGAUGUGGCGCUUAAUGAAGAAUACCGAGUGAUUCCGGGAAUGGGAGAAUUUGGGGAUCGAUACUUUGGUACUGAUGAUUAACACCCAUAAUGGUUAUCAAAUGAGAUAUUGGUUUGUCAAGUGCUGGGUUGCAGACUACAGCCAUCGAGGAUCUUCUCCUCGCCCUUUUUUCUAUUUUUUAUUUUUUAUUUUUAUUUUUUUGAAACACUGAGUGAGCUAAAUUUGAAGCUCUUUGCACAUACACUAUUUGGUCUAUAAGUUUGAAUGCAAGACAUAUCUAUGUAUCCCUAUCAAGCAAUACCUACUGAUUUACUCCUAAGGAAAGGUCGAACAGUGAGCAUCAAUAAUAGAUGGGUAUUUCUUUGGCAUUACA